AUGGAGCCGAGCAAGGUCAAGCCCGUGGGCAGCAUCUCCCGCGAUGACGUCCGCCAUACGCUGCACACGCAUUUCCACUCUACCAAGCCCAAUCCUCGACCGUCUACCGGUGGCGGCCCUGGUGGGGGUUCUACCGCCGUCGCCAGUCGCAAGCGCGUCUUCUCCUUCUUGCAGGUGCAGAAACCCAAGACGAUAGCGGAGACCAAGCGACUGUUUGGCCACGGAGCCAACGCCAGCAAAUAUUUCGUCCUCUGCGUGACGGUGCAGGACUCGACCGCUGCCGUGAAAGGCGGUGGGGCUCAACUGGAGUUGCAUUACGUGCAACUGCUGAGCAACUUGUCGGUGGACGUUCGUCACUCGUGGAACUUGAGUGCAUUGGACACCAUUGAGCACAAUGGCAUUGGGCCCGACAAGACGAGGGGCGCCUUCGCGCUCUUCUUCGCGGGGGAGGCGACGUCGUGGCAGUGGCUCGUGGAGACGCGGGAAAGUGCGACGGCGAUGCACGAGUUCCUGUGGAGUGUGUGUGCCCUUGCAGUGCAGAAUAAUACCUUGCUGCCGAGACUGGUGCGGAUCAAUGUGGAGGAGCUACACGAGGCAGCGACCAAGCUCAACCUGCAGAAGACGUACGAUCUGGACGUUGAUCUGGUGCAGUCUGUGGUACUCGCUGGUAUAGACGCUGCUACGGGGAAGAAAACCGUGGAUAUCAAUGCAGGAAUCGACGUGUCUGGGCUUCGGCUUUCGUCACCGGAGAGCGACGAAGCUCUGAGUCUGCUGAACGACGUGAACUGGAACGAAGCGCAGCUGUCGGCGGUUGAAGACGAUCUUCGCAAGAAGCUGUGUGCGCUGGAGGAUGAGAACAUCGCGUUCUUGCUGUCGUUGGAUGGGGAUGCAUCCGUGUCGCCUCUCCCUGCUGCGGGGAUGACUGGAAAGAGUUCCUCCAAAGCUAGUACAUCGGUAGACAAGAUCCUCGAAGCCAUCGACGCACUUCAACAGCGCAUUACGUUGAUUCAAGACUGGACCAACGAGUCCGACGAGUCCCUGGGACAGACUUCGAGUAGUAUGCAGCACUUCGAGGCGCUCAACAACCAGCUGGAGAUGCAUUUCAAGAACAGCGUCUCGCUUGAGGAAGUGCUGGCCAAGUUGAUGGCUCAGGUGGAGGUUCCGCAGCAGCAUAUGAAGGUUUUCCUGUCUCCCGUGGACGUAUUCCCCAACGAAGUCGGAGGAAGUAAGACUAGCGUGACGACUGGGGGCGAUGGUGGUCGGGAUGUGGGCGUCGCCGAACGUAUGCGAGCGACCAUUGCUGCUAUUGCCGCCAUGGUUCAAGCUAUAAAGUCGACUCAGGCAUAUCCAGCUAGCGAAAUGAUCGCAUUCCGAGCGCGCGGUGACGAAUUGUCCAAGUUAGUGGCGACUUUCGGCGAUAAACUCUGCGUUUCGUUCGAUUCUUUCCUCCAGCGGAAGAUUAAACACGAUGAGAUGAACUGGAAUUUCACGAGUGAGCCUCUCCACCACCUUCUAUCGGACUACCAGUCGCUCUUUGCUCACGUGAAUUCACUGGACCCUCGAAUCCUCGCGGCGCUAAGACAGACAUACAGCAAGCAGCUUGCGCCCGUCUACAAUGCCCACGCUCAGGCGCUGUUCCGCCACUUGAGGGACAAGCUGCCUCGGAAUUCCAAGCACCACUUUCACAAGCCAACGUCGAUCCAAUCUCGAGGGAUCCACCUCUCGUCCUCCUUCUUCAGCGUGGGAGACACAAUGUGUGCAGCUCCGUUGAUGCAGCAGGCGCUAGACCACCUCACCCCACUCGUGAUAAGUGAACAACGACUGGUGGCUCGCGUAUUCUUCCCCAGUCCGACGGAGCGAGCAGAUGGGAAGCAUGAGCUCGAGGAACUGACGGUCAUGAUGGAGGGCGUCUUCGAGAAGCUGCUCAAGCGCAUGAACGAAUUCGGCGAAGCGGCUGGACUUCGGAACAUCUUGGACGCUCUAGCGCUCGUGGUGCUGGUGAAUGGGAACCUUGAGGAGUACCGGCAGCAGAGCGCGUUCCUGUACAACGUCAUGGUCAGCUUCCAGCUCCAGAUGAAGAGAAUGCUGAUCAAGUUCACUGAGGAGCAGGAAGCCUGGAUAAGUGCCCAAAAUGUCGACACGAAGAUGGCAGGUGUGCUUGCUCCAGUCAAGAAAAUUGUGAACAUGAUCGCUCGGAUGGAGGAAAGCGUAGCUGGCAAGGCUAGUGACAGCACGUUGGUGUCCAUCUACAACAUGAUCGUGCCUGCAACGAUGCAGUGGCUGGACAAAGUGUCCGAGUCACGGCCGAAGUAUGCAGCCCUGACGCGGCUUGAAAACUACCUCUUCCUGAGUGACAACCUGAAAGCAAUCAACGGUUCGAAAGACCUCCCACUAGCUCAGUAUGCCGAGGAGGCGUACGAGCGGUACACGAAGAACCUGCAGCUCUACGUUGCUUCCGUCUGGGAGUACGCUUUCAAACAACUGGUGCCCUUGAUUGCAUCGAUUGAAUCGCUCAUGGCGUCAGUGCCAGCGUCAGAGAUCCAGUAUCAUUCGCCUCGCCAGGAAGUUCGUCGUGUACUCGAUGCGACCGCAAGCACGUUCGAGAAAUCUGUUCGCAUCAUGCAUGACCGCAUGAAGAAGCACUUUCGUGAGAACCCCAAGAUUUUGCCGAACGUGUGGACGCAACUCGUCGCCUACGGGAGCAACCGUAUGGCUGUGUACGCUCUCGUUGCCGGAGACUGCUAUCAGCUACGCCUGGAGCCGACGCCCGAGCGCGGGUUGGAGCUGCUCAACAAGUUUGCAUUCACCUAA